CAACUGUUAUGCAAUUCUAUUUCUUUUGCUUUUAAGAAGAAUAACUGCCGACUCACCGAACGCAAUGGAUGAAGCUGGUUUUGAACUUUUUUCUAAAGAAAAGCUACAAGCAGGGAAAUCGAAAUUGGAAGAGUUCACGGCGAACGCUAAGAGCAGUGAUUGCUGGAAGAAAGCUGUUGAAGGGAUCGAGAAACGAUGCAAGACUCUUGGAGACGUGGAACAGAGCUACCUGGCAAUCGAUUUUACAAACUGCCAUUUGUCAAAAUCAGGGAGAAGAAUCUAUUCUUGUUCGAGAGAGACGCAAUCAGUUGAGAAAUGUACGGGAUCAAUGGACGACACAACAUAUCUAGCGUAUACGACAUUUUUUGCUCAUACGACUAAUAUCUGUUUCUACGUGAAAAGUGAGUUGUGGCAAGCAAGAACAGAAGGCACGAUCUCUAAAUUAUCAAGAACUUCCCAACAGGUUUCUGCUCAGCUGGAGGAGUCUGCCCAAAGACAAAUCCUAUUACUACAAACACAGAAUAUUUCCCUCGAAAACCAGAAGGAAAUCAUAUCAAAUGAAAUCCAGUUAUCUGCGACACUGAAGAACUCCACGUCAACAGCAAGGGAAGCCUUCGAGGACAUGAAACAAAAUGCUGUCGAACAAAAAGCUUUAUUCACUGAAACAUUUGAUGGUGUCUUCAAAAGUGUGGAAAAGGUCCAAAGACUGCAAUCAAUGAUUCUUGGAGAGUUCAUAAGUUUACAAUCUGUAGCUUUCUACAUUGCUGCAGUAUGUUCAUGUUAUUUCCUGACAAGCACUCCACGCACGGCAGCUGGCAGACUCCCGAUUUUCGUUUUGUUGUUUAUUCUCAUAUUCAGUGAGCGGCUGGUGACAUCUUAUGGGGUGACAGACACCCAGUCAACCAACACAGAAGCCAUACACUCAAGACUUUGGUUUUUGAGAAAGCUAUUCAUCAUUAUCACAACUAUUGUGAUAAUGGUUGUUGGAUACCAAUAUCAAGAUUACAACAAAAUCAACUUUAAUAUGCUUUGUGAGAUGCAGCUUCAGAUUCGAGAUAUGAAGCGAUGGCAGGAGACAAUCAAAAGUUUGAAGGCACUUACAAAUGGAGACUCUUCACCUCAGCCUGUGCAGAGCAGACAUUCAAUGCCAAGUAUUACACAUCCUGGUUGUACAAAAUAUGUCCAAAUAUGUGAUUUACAAGAUGGUCCCAUCAGUGAUUGUGCACAAAACUUGUAUAGUGAUGAUGAGUCUGAUUUGAGUUAUAUACCUGGUGAGUCAGACCUGGAGAGUUUUUCUGAUGAUAGCAAUGAGGAAGAGGAGGAAGAUGAUUCUGAGACUGAAGACGCCAUACCAGAUGUGAGAACACCAGUGAUUGGAACGAAAGCCAAAGGAACACCUAAAAAGACAAACCCUGCAGUGUCCAGAAGAACAAGUAGUAACAAAAGGGGUCAUAAUUCAAGUCCAUCAGUACGCUACAAUCUUCGAUCAAGGGAAAGCACACCCUCUUAUGUCCACAAUGGUAGUUUCCUCUGCAACAUGCCUUCGCCAUCAAAAUUAACAGAGCUGAUUGACAAAGUACAAAAGGGUUCAAACAAGCGGUACACAGCUGUCAUUUGUAAACCUAAGAACAAGAGCCCUAAAAAAGCACCAUUGUUUUCAUCUGAUGAAGAACCCUAAACACAUUGUUACCUCUGAUUUUGAGCAUUAAACUUCUGUAAACAUAUGGCUGGGUCAAUGAUUCUGCAACCAUCAUUGUUAUUGCCAUUAUUGUCAUUAUCAUUUUCAAUACAAUAUUGUAUACAAAUUAUAAUUCCAACCUAAGAUCAGAUCCAGAAAGGCACUGAAUUACUAUUUAUCUUUCUUUCUUAUGGUUAGAAUUAUUAUUAUUAUUGCCAUUAUUGUUGUUAUCAUUUUCAAUACUGUUUUAUGUACCAAUUAUAAUUCCAACUUAAGAGCAGAUCCAGAAAGGUACUAAAUUACUAUUUAUCUUUCUUUCCUAUGGUUAGAAUUAUUAUUAUUAUUGCCAUUAUUGUUAUUAUCAUUUUCAACACUGUAUUAUAUACCAAUUACAAUUCCAACUUAAGAGCAGAUCCAGAAAGGUACUAAAUUACUAUUUAAUUUCCCUCCCUGAGGUCAGAAUUAUCCCUAGCAAUGUGAGAAUUGCCUAGUGUAGUACAUAUAUUGACUAGGCAUAAGGCAUUGUUAAAUAGAUAUUAUCAUUAAUAUAUUUCUUGCAUUUACCUCGGCCAAAAACAAUACAAUUAAUUGAUUGGUAUAGUGACAAAUUUUUCACAUAAAUUUUCUCCAGCAUUACAAGAGAAGGGAUUUAAUUUUGUAAACAGUCAUAAAUUGUCAAGAAUGUAUAUGUUAGUGUCUACGACUUUUGCUUGAUAUCAAUAAGGAUUUUGUUAUUUAAAAGUUAUCAUAUUUGAUGAUAUUACAACAGUUUCAAAAAUUUUACAAUGCUUAUAUUGUAAUUUCAGUACUUCCCUUAUACUUGUUCAUGCAUUAUUUAUGUCCAAGGAUAUUUAACUACUGCUACUGCCAAGUUAAUGUGGAAGUGAUAUUGAAAUUUCUGUUUUUGCCUUUUUUGUGUGCUAUUGUGAAUGUCAUCAAUAAAGAACAUGUUUUUCCUCUC